AUGGAAGCACAACAGGACCAGAGUUUGAAUCUUGAGGAGUGCUUGAAAUUAUUGAAAGGAGCGAGAGAUGAGCAGCGUCUGGCUGGGCUUCUUCUGGUCACCAAGUUUUGCAAAGCUGAUGAUCACUCCUCACUACGCAGGGUUUACGAGGCUGUUGGUUCUCUCUUUCUUGAUCGGCUACUCAGAACUGGUAUGGGAAAAGGAACCAUAUCCAGUAGCAGGGACAGCAACCGGGAUGCAUAUUUGAACCUGUCGAUUGCAGUUCUUGCUACCCUUUGUCGUGUUCCAGAGAUUGCAUCCUCUGAAGACAUGGUUUCCAAGAUCCCAAUGAUAUUGGAAGUAAUUUCCACCCAAUCUUGCUCAUCUGUUCUUGAAGAAUGUUGUGAGUUUUUAUACUUGGUAUCAACUGCUUCAGAAAAUGGAAUCAUGCGAUUUUAUGAAUCUAGAGGCAUCAAAGUACUAGCUUCUCAGUUGUUUUCUCUGCAAGAUGGUUCACAUCUGGUGGAAAUAUCUAUUAAACUUUUGCAAUUGAUUCUGAGCAAGAUAUCGUUAGACACAAUCCGGAAUGAGUACUUAUCCGAGCUCUCGGUUAUUGUGGCUGCAAUAGCAAAGCAGUUUGCUAUCUUGCAUAAUUCCUUGAAAUUUGAAGCUCUCCACCUCCUUAAUUCCAUUCUUUCUUCAACAGAUUCGUCACAACUUAAAACUCUCCAAUUACGGCCUCAAGAUAGCUGGUCACACAAUAUCCGUGUUGGUAUCAUGGCCAUUUUGCAGAAUCGUGUUGCUACUGCUGAAAGGCUUCAGGCUCUCAUUUUAGCUGAGUCUAUGGUUUCCAUAUUUGGAGAAGAUUGGCUGAUUAGCAAAGUAAGCACUAACGAGACACAAGAUCCAACUCCAGCUGACAUGUGUUUGUUGCUUGUCUUGGAGCAAUCGAGAGUUGAAAUUGCUGUUCUUUUGAAUGAGUUGGCCUAUUUAAAAUAUGAAGCGCCUCAAGAUACCUCGACUACUGUUGAGGCAUAUUCUCUUAAGCAACGAAACGUGGCUGUUGCCUACUCUUUGGUUGAGAAGAUAAUAAAACUCAUUUCAAAUGUUGAUGAAAAUGAAGGGACCCUUCUCGAUGAUGACACAUUAACAAAGCUGAUACUACAACUUAAUGAGACAAUUGCUGUUGUGCUAGAGUAUUUAGAAGAUGCAAAGGAACAUGGUCAAAGGAAAGGGGAUGGUUUACUUGCUUCAGUGCGAAUCAUUGGAAGCUAUCUUGCAGAAGCACCGCUUGCAUGUAAGGAAAAAGUUCAAGAUCUUUUAGGGUAUAUGCUUUCAAUCGAAGGUGCAGAUGAACAAAGGCCCUUCCACUCUGUGUGCUUUCUGCUGCCUAUGUUGUGUCAAAUUACUAUGAAGGUUGAAGGAUGCAAAGCUCUGGCUUCGUGUGGAGGACUUAAGGCUGUUUUAGACUGCUUCAGUAAAUUAAUUGGGUCAAAUGUUUAUUUGGUUGAGGAUGAUGGCCGUGUCUUCUUGGCAUGUGAUACAAUAAUGAACCUUCUACUGAAGAAAAACAAAGUGCAGUUUAUGUUAGAUGAAUCGGCUUUUGUUGAUCUUCUUAAAGCAUUGGCUUAUUGGUCAGAAAAUACUGAUGACAUGUCAAGUAAGAUGAUGGCUUCGAGCAUUUGUGCACUGAUAUUUGAUUAUACAUCAGAAGAGGCUCUUUUAAAGAAUCCUGAUUUCAAUCAUGGAACUCUUAGAAGUCUUUAUCAUCUCAUUGCAAGAUGUCUGGCUUCAUCGGAGCAGGAUACUAACUCGGAUACGGAUCUAUAUGAAAUUAUCUCUACUGGUUUCUCCCGAUGGGCUCAUCGGUACCCCCACAUCAGAGAGGCAAUCAAAAUAUGA